GACCCUAGGUCCAUUACAACCUCUUUACGCAUUGGACACGGAAGCCAUCGGAAUACUCGACCGGACGCAUAUUGCAGGCUCUGUUGUGGACCAUGUUGGUUUUCGCUUCCAAUAGGCACCUUUCAUCAUCCCUCCGACUUAUUAGAUAUUUGACGCAAGCCGCACGAAUUCCCAAAGAGUAUUAUUGGAACGACAGACAUGAUCCACAUGAAUCCAAGUUUGAAAAAGUUUUGGUUGCCAACCGGGGAGAAAUUGCCUGCCGUGUUAUCCAGUCGUGUAAGCGAAUGGGUAUCAAAACUGUCGCCAUAUAUAGCGAGGCCGAUUCUAACUCGCGCUUUGUUGGAAUGGCAGACGAAGCAGUUUGCGUCGGUCCCGCUGCAAGCUCCCAGUCCUAUCUUAACAUACCUGCUAUUCUGGACGCAGUCAAAUCCACCGGAACACAAGCGGUGCAUCCGGGCUAUGGAUUCCUUUCCGAGAACACACUUUUCGCCGCUGCACUUGAAGAUAUCGGCGUCGUGUUUAUUGGACCGAAUUCAAAGGCCAUCCGAUCUAUGGGGGACAAAAUAGAGAGUAAACGCAUUGCCGCCAUCGCCAAAGUCAACGGAAUUCCAGGUUUUGACGGUGAGGUCGCAGGCCCUGAUGAAGCUGCAAAAAUUGCUAACGAGAUCGGUUAUCCAGUCAUGAUCAAGGCUUCUGCCGGUGGUGGUGGUAAAGGCAUGCGCAUUGCUUGGAAUGAGAGUGAAGCUCGCAAAGGAUUUCGUUUGUCCAAAGCGGAAGCUAAAGCCUCCUUCGGGGACGACAGAAUGUUAAUUGAAAAGUAUAUAGACAACCCACGUCACAUUGAGAUUCAGGUCCUUUGUGAUCGCCAUGGAAACGCCAUCUACUUGAACGAACGUGAGUGUUCCAUUCAACGCCGUAACCAAAAAGUUAUCGAAGAGGCACCUAGCACUUUCAUCGACCCUGAAACACGCAGAGCCAUGGGCGAACAAGCUGUCUCUCUCGCCAAAGCGGUUGGUUACGAUUCAGCAGGAACUGUUGAAUUCCUGGUCGACUCAAAGAAAUGUUUUUAUUUCCUUGAAAUGAAUACUCGACUGCAAGUGGAGCAUCCGAUCACCGAAUGCACCACUGGGGUCGAUAUUGUUCACCAAAUGCUGCGCAUUGGAAAAGGACACAAGCUCAUGUUGAGUCAGGAUGACGUUUCCAUUAAUGGUUGGGCCCUUGAGUGCCGCGUAUACGCAGAAGACCCCUACAAGUCGUUUGGUCUUCCCUCAAUUGGUCGAUUGUAUUCCUACAGCGAACCGGUCCACAUUCCCAAUGUCCGUUGCGACAGUGGCAUCACUGAGGGUUCCGAAAUUUCGAUUUUCUACGAUCCGAUGAUUUGCAAGCUGGUCACCUACGGUCCUGACCGUCAGUCGGCCCUCAACACAAUGGCUAAGGCCUUGGAUAGCUAUGUGAUUCGUGGUGUGUCCCACAAUAUCCCAUUGUUACGCGACGUUAUCACCGAGGAGCGGUUCGUCUCCGGUGAUUUUUCCACGAAAUUUCUCACCGAAACUUAUCCAGAUGGGUUCAAAGGUACUGCCCUCAAUUCGAAGGAGUUCAACACACUGAUAGCCAUUGGUGCGGUCGUUCACGUUAAAAACACCAUUCGCAACGAUCUAUCGCCAACAUGCAAACAGUGGGACCUCGUUGCUCGUCUGAACCAAAAGGCCUCUGUUGAUCCUCCUGUGACUUAUCAUUACUGUCGCUGUCAUGUCUCACAAUGUGACGGCAGAUUUUCCGUCCAUAUUUCAUCUUGGCAGCCUCCUAAAAAUGUCACCACUGCUGCUGCUUCCGCUAACAUUGAUUCCACGACCGAAAACCAUGACCCGAGUGCAUCAGAAGAGGCCGUGAUGGAUGUUGCAGACAAUUUCACUCUCGCCGAUAACGUGAUCCUGCACUCGUGCGGCAAGGAGACCACUAUUGUGGGACCCAAUACACAGGUGCUUUUCAUCCCGAUUGCUGAAUCCGUCCCUCGACGGGACUUCAACUAG